ACUGAAAAACCAUUUACCUUGUCUCGUAUAAAUUUUUCUUCAAGAUAAGUCAUUAUUUUUAAACUAUUUUGCCCAAUAACAUGCAUUCUCUAACAAUUUCAAACGGCGACGUUUUCUUUUUUUUUUCACGAACAACAAUUCAAGCUAGAUCCAUCCAUAGCCGAAGCCAGAUGUUGUUUGCCUUUGUUUGCGCGCGUCUCGCGUGUGUUCUCGUCCACAAGAAGCUUCAAGGUAAAAGCAUUAAAUUUACGUAAGGAAGCUUCGUUCCUCGUUUGUGCGGUGUGCAAAGAUUGCGCGCAAUUCCCGCUGUUCUUGGAGUGCCGAUGAAGUACGAGUCGUUCAAGAAAUCAACGAAAUGUGCGGGCGCUCGAAUGACUCCAUGGCUGACGCCCGUGGCCACCUUCUACACGCCAGUGCGAAAGAAACUAAAGCACUGUGGAGGCUGCAGGGCGGCUUUGCCAGUAGGAAGGGCGGAAAUUCCUGAAGAUGUGUUCAUCCAUGCUGCAUCAGCUGCUUGGUGUUUUCAUGGCAUCUCUGCACACGUGUUGGGCGAAUGGUUUACCUACCCGGUAGCUGUUGAUCAUAAGCAGAAAACCAGAAGCGGCAGUGGUCUCCAGAAGAGACCCAAGGACCCCAAGCUCUCUGUGACACAAACAGGAAGGGCACUGUGGUGCAUUGAAAACCUGUGCCAGUAGUGCAUUACCAGUGCACUAUGCUGCUGUUUCAUCAAGGAGAAAGGAGGUGACCACCCCCAGAGGAACUUCAUGCUCUACAGUAUGCUUUUGAAUGCCACAUGGAGAAGUGUGGAAGGCGUUCCUCCAUGGCAGAGCGGUGACCGGGGCGUGAGCUGACACCUGGCAGACAAGCUGGAUGUCAUUGCAACUGGUGGCGGAAGGAGAAGACGACAAGAUGCUCGUGUGGUUGUGCGUGCCAGGACUUGAUUGCGUUUUUUCUCAGACUAUUUUAC